CCCAAGAGAAAGUCUACGUGCCUGUUAACGAUUAUCCAGAGAUUAACUUCAGUAUGAUUGCUAACCCUCUAACCCUCCUAACCAAAAUUCUUGUUUCCCUUGUUCCCCUGCCUGGACUCUGGCCAAGCUUGUCAUGCAUCCUCCAGGUGUCUUGUCAGACCUGGCCUUGUUUGGAGAUCGGGACCGUCAUAAUUGCUUCACCAUCUUGAUACAUGUACUAACGCUUAGCUCUCCUCGUAAAGUUGGCUUACUUAUCGGACCCCGUGGCAACACCCUGAAGAAGAUGGAGUCAGAGUCUGGUGCCAAGAUUGCCAUUCGUGGCAAGGGCUCCGUCAAGGAAGGAAAGGGGCGGUCGGACGCAGCUCACGCUAGCAACCAGGAGGAAGACCUCCACUGCCUUAUCAUGGCGGAGACGGAAGAAAAGGUCAACAAGGCCAAGAAGCUCAUCCACAAUAUCAUUGAGACGGUACGUAUCCCCUCCCCCACAACGCCUGCACCUACAACUGCUAACUGUGGUCUUUACCAGGCUGCUUCCAUACCCGAAGGCCAGAACGAGCUUAAGCGUAACCAGCUCCGUGAGCUCGCUGCCCUCAACGGUACCCUCCGCGACGAUGAAAACCAGGCCUGCCAGAACUGCGGUCAGAUCGGCCAUCGCAAGUACGACUGUCCCGAGCGGCAAAACUACACUGCCAGCAUCAUCUGCCGUGUCUGUGGCAACGCUGGACACAUGGCCAGAGAUUGCCCCGACCGACAGAAGGGUGCUAGCUGGCGCAACGACGGUCCCGGCAGUGGUAGAGGUCCUGUCGGCCGCAUUGGGAGCGGAGACGCCGUCGACCGCGAGUACGAGCAACUUAUGCAAGAACUCGGUGGUGGUUCCUCCAGCGGUGCUGCCCCCGCACGCAUCGAAGCCGGUCCUGGUUCCUACAACAACGGCCCUGGUGCUGGCGGCGGUGGCGGCGGCGGUGGCGGCGAAGCGAGGCCCUGGCAGCGCGGCCCUACCGGCGGUCCUGCUCCCUGGCGUAGUCGUAACAACGACUCGCGCGAUGACCGCGACCGCGACAGUGGUGGUGGUGGCGGCGGCGGCGGCGGCGGCGGCGGUGGUGCCGCUCCAUGGGCUCGCGACCGCAACCGCCGCGAUGAGCAGGCCGGUGGUGACAGCUACUAUGGUGGCGGCCAAGGAGGCUAUGGUGGCCAGGCAGCCGCGCCCGCUGCUCCGGGUGCUGCCCCUUGGCACCAGCCCCCCGGAACCCAGAACGGCUAUGCCGCCUACGGUGGCUACCCCGGGUACGGCGCGCCGCCCGGCAUGGCGGCACCUCCGAGCAUCCCUCCUCCUCCACCAGGUGGUCCUGGUCUCGGAGCUCCUCCGGGCCUGGCUGGUGGUCUCAACGCACUCAUCCAGCAAUACGCCGGUGGUGCGCCGCCGCCGCCUCCCUCGGACAACGCACCUCCUCCUCCUCCCAGCGACCUGCCCCCCCACCUCCCCCCCCUGGUGCCUGAUCUGGAUUCUAGGACUUGAGCGGACGGUCCUAGGACUAACGUGGAUUCUGAAGACAUGCUUUCGCUCGAACAGGUUGAAGACUAACGAUCAACUAACAACCAAGGAUUCAUUUCAUGACUUCCAGGGUUGGACAAGUGUUCGUACCUACCUACCUACCUAUCUACCUACCUACGUGCGAUGUAGCGUUUGCAUUCCAGAACUGUUUGCAGGGCUGAUGAGGGCGGGUCCGGGUGUCGCUUCACUUGGAAACAGAGACCCAGAAACAGCACACAAACUCAAACAAAUUGUAUGAUAGACGGGGAACUGAGUGGUCACUAAUCCAUAGGCUUUCUUUGUGCAUUAUACGUAGCAAGAAGUUUAUCCUAUUUCAUGUUCAUUUCAGCGU